AUGCUGGGGUCUAUUCACAAGACACAGGAAAGCCUUUCGCGGACUUUGGGCACCCUGCCAAAGGAGGAGCGUUCCUGGUUGUCGCUCUAUAAAAGCGUCGGCUUUUCCCUUCUUAAAAGCACUGCGCGCAGAACGAGGAUCACAGCUUCCCCGAACCUCUAUCUCAAAAGCACACACGCUCGUGCAGAGCAAAACCCGACUGCAGUCACAAUGGACAAGAUCCGGUUCUACCAACCCCCAAAUCCCAUGAAUCCCUCCAAACUACUACAGAGCCCCAAACUUCCUGCAAUCCCCAGACAGUUACAGCUCCCCAACCCCUCAGCACAGAGACCCAUUCCCACCGCCGACACUUUCACUUCCCUAUUCUGUCCCUCACAGCAGCUCAGACACCCUUUGCCCCCCCGCCUAAUCCCCUCUGUUACACCUCCCAUCUCUUCCCACCCUACAGGCCAACGGUCCCAGCCACCCGAAACUCCAGAAAAUGACUUUGACAGAAUUUUGGAGGAGAUCUCGUCGGACGACGGGAGCCAACCACUUGGCGGGGACGGGAGAAAUGUCGACGAGCACGCCACCAUCCCCUCCGGAUCGAAUCUGAGCGGUUUUGCCAGCGACCGCCUUGGUAUGCCUGUCGAGGCGGAUACGGCUGCGGAAAGUGCCACUGAAGCCGGCCUUCGCGCAUGCCGGUUGGGUGGAAGUAGAGAUGGCCCCAUUGUGGUAAAUGGUUCGACGGAGAUAGUCCACAGUGGUGAACCCACAAGCGAGUCCGCAGGUGGACAGACUUCCCCACCACUGCUGCCUGCCUGCCAGGCGCCCACGGAUCAAAGUGACGAACUAGACGGGAUGGUGGAUGAUGAUGGAGCCUCAUUGACUCCCCGAGGGGUUCCAGGUCAGCUUUUCCCACCAGUUUCAAUUACCGCUCCGCGUUCUCCCGCUGAUCUUCUACAUGCAGAAACCCCUCCCCCCUUUACCAUGGGCGAAGUGGGCACUUCCGCCCGCGCACCCCACGACGGUGUCUCUCCACAUCCAGGGGGUCGACCUCAAAUCUCGGCUGGCCACGCCGGUGCAACACAGGAGGAGUGGCUGGUCAAAAGGAUACUGGAUUCCCGGAUCCGCCUGCGGAACGGCACGCCACGCCUGGAGUACCGUGUCGCAUGGCGGCCUACGUGGCAACCGCGGAGCGAUCUGAUCCCGGGCUGCGAGGAGCUGGUCAAAAAAUUCCAUGCAGAGUGGAAGGACGAGCGGCCUUCACUGACUACUCUGACGGGCCACAUGUGUUUCAAGCAGAAAAGGGGAUCGCGCAGGGACGGUGGACGCAAGAUUGUAAAAUCAAUUGGUUAG